AUGGUAAUUUGGCAACGUCUGAUGGGUUCCGUUCUCUCAAUAUUCAAGCGCAAGCCCAAGCCCAUUAUUUCCAUUAUAGGUACCACAGGAGUGGGUAAAUCAGAUCUUGGUGUUUAUUUGGCGGAAACAGUCAAUGGAGAGAUCAUCAAUGCCGACUCCAUGCAAAUGUAUAAGGGAUUACCUGAAAUAACAAAUAAACAACCGAUCAAUGAAAGACAUGGUAUAGUUCAUCACGUGAUAAAUCAUGUUAAUUGGGACGAGGAAUAUCAUAUUCACCGAUUUCAGAAAGAAUGCUUUAAAGCUAUCAAAAGAAUUCAUAAGAAAGGUAAAAUCCCGAUUUUGGUGGGUGGAACACAUUACUAUUUGCAAAGUGUUCUCUUUCUAAAUAAAACGGUAGACUCAGGUGAUAGUCCAGAUGAGUUCAAAAAAAAGUUAUUGACAGAGGAUCAGAAAAAGAUAUUGAGUACAAGUUCACCUGAGCAACUGCAUAAUCUACUCGUUAAAUACGAUCCCGUCGUGGCGAUGAAAUUUCAUCCUCAUGAUGUGCGACGAAUUAAAAGAGCAUUGGAAAUUUAUUAUCGUACUGGAAAUACUGCUAAUCAAAUAUAUUUAGAUCAGCAAAAGCAGCAGAAGUUUCACUCGAGACUUAGAUAUAACACAUUAUUCUUGUGGGUCUACUCAAAGAAAGAUGUUUUAGAACCACGGUUAGAUAAAAGAGUGGAUAAAAUGAUGAACAGUGGUGCACUAAGGGAGUUGACCGAGCUUUAUGAUUAUUACUGUUCUCUUCCAGAGCCAAAGCCCAAAAUGGAUCAAGGCUGCUUCCAAGUCAUUGGAUUUAAAGAAUUUAUGCCUUAUCUGACAUCCAACCGAAAGCACGUAUUAUUGGAUACAUCUCAGGAGGACGUUCUCAAGGAUGAGUUAUUUGUCAAAUGUUGCAAUCAGAUGAAGUUGCGAACUAAACAGUACGCCAAAAAGCAGGUCAAAUGGAUUAAAAACACUUUGAUUCCAGACCUUUCAUCUGAGGCAGAGCAUAAUUGGUGUCAUUUUGGCAAGAUUUAUGUCGUUGAUGCUACCGAUUUGUCAUUAUGGUCGAAAAAUGUGAAGCAACGAGCACAAGUUAUUGUUGAGCAGUUUUUGAAGAACAAGAAAGUGAAAGAAUCUGUUCCUCAAAUUCCUGAAAGUCUUGCAGAUGCGAAUUUAAUACGAGAGAAGAAAGAAGCGUUUGAUAGAAGUAAAUGGGUAUAUCAUACUUGUGAUCAUUGCCUCGAUAAAGAUGGGAAGCCGUUAGUUUUUGUUGGGGACCAAUAUCAGAUACAUUUAAAGAGUAAAAAGCAUAGAAGAGCUAUAAAUAAAGGAAAAAGGAAAAGGGAAUACGAAGCUUGGUUAAAUAAUAAGGAAGCGGCAUCACACCAAAAUAAGAUAGAGAAUUCGACCAAGGAUACAUAG